AUGGAGACAGACGCCGACAUUGAAUCCUCAGUAAUCGCCCAGCUUGCAUCAACCGAUUAUGUCUGCUCGACAAUAACGCGCCUCAACGGCGGAACAGCCAACUUUGUCUAUCGAGGAUUUCCAAAUAAUAAUGACGGCCAUUUGAGCCAAAAGGACGGACAACCAGACUCAAAAAUAGGGAGCAAAGGCGCCAUCAUUAUCAAGCAUACGAAGAAUUUCGUGGCUCUGAACCGGGAUUUCAAACUCGAUGCUGAGCGAUGUGCCUAUGAAGCAGAGAUUUUGAACGCAUUGAACGCCUUCUCGCCUGUGCGCGAUACAUUGUUCACCGUCAAGACCCCAAGCUUAUAUCAAUCCCUUUCCGCGGGCCACACGCAGAUCAUGGAGGAUUUACCCGGCUCAGCGGACCUGAAGAGCUGGCUGUUAUCGCCAGCAGGGAUGUGUAUCGAGAAAUCAGUAGCAAAGGCAAUUGGCCAUGCACUGGGGUCCUGGAUCGGUUCAUUCCAUGCAUGGGGGUCCCAGGACCGGCAGGCCGGGCUACGAAAGAAACUUGCCGGAAACAAAUCAAUGCAGAAGCUCAAAUACGCGAUUAAUUACGAGACGCUCGUUAGUAUGGUUGAUAAGUACCCCCAAAUUCUGGAUGGGACGCGUGCAGUUUUUGAGCAGGUCAGGUCGCAUGCCGCCGAAGAGAUUUCUGAUUCUGAUCAGAGAAACAACAACGGUAGCUGGGGUCUCAUUCACGGCGACUUCUGGACGGGGAAUGUCCUCAUCGCCACGAACAGCAUGUUCAUCAUCGACUGGGAGCUUAGCCAGCUAGGAAUGCGGGCGCUGGAUUUGGGCCAGAUGCUUGCCGAACUGUAUGAAGUGAAACACUUCAAGGGCAACGAUGCCGGGGCCUGGAUCAUAGAGGGGCUAGUGGAAAACUAUGCACCGCUUAAUGAGGAGAUUGCCUUUCGGACUGCUGUGCAUAUGGGCGUUCAUCUGGUGUGUUGGAGCAGCGUGCCUGGCUGGGGCUCGCAGCGCCAGAUAGAGGAUGCCAUUAUGAUUGGGCGGGAGUUGGUGGUGAAAGGGUGGAAGAGAGACAGGGCUUGGUUUGAGCGAGAUGAGCUUCUGACGUGUCUUUUCACAUAA